UUUAAAAAUAUAGGCAACUCUCGCAGUUUGCGUCUCUCCCUUUAAAGGAGCGCAGAGCGGGGCUGUGAGACAGAUAGCGCAUCGGGCGACACUGCCUGCAUCAUUGUCAUUAUUUUGAUGGGAUAAGGAAGAGACUAGGUUUAGAUUAAACGGGUUUUCUGUCUGUGCUUCCCUUGUGAUUUUUUUUAAAGCUCAUACGGAGUCUGACGUCUCUCAAUUUCAUAGACGCGCAGCGGAUCUUUUACCGUUCUGGAGUGGCCCAGUCCAGAGUCUUUUUCUUUCCAUGUAGCGAGGGAUUUAUGCUAAAACCUGGAUACGGAGGGUAUAUUACAUGUGCAAGGCAGUGUAAAGUGCGUCAUAAUUAUGAGGGCGAGCGCAUGGGGUGUAUGGUGGCUGUGAGGAUGUGAUCUGACAGGAAUCUCCGCUUUCUCGCUCCGCUGCCUCCACACUGCCGCUCAGGAUGCCCAGAACUCUAAGAAGACUGGUUCAUUUGAUGCUGUUCUGCCCUCUGUCUAAAGGCCUGCAGAGUCGUCUCCCGGCCAUCAAGGUGAAGUACCUUCUCAUCGCCUGGCUGGGCAUUCUCAUUAUCAGCUGGAUCGUGUACAUGCAGUAUGCCUCAUUCGCCGAGUUGUGCCGCGGACAUGUGUGUCAAAUGGUCAUCUGUGAUCACUACAGACGGGGCAUCAUUUCAGGCUCAUCAUGUAAGGCUUUGUGCGAUCAGAAAACUCUCACUCUGCACCGCUGCAUGUCCACCUCCUCCACCCAUCAGGUCUACAUUGGACUUUGGAAGGAUAGGCCAGUGGUGAUCAAAUGUGGCAUUGAGGAUCCGGUGAACAUAGAUGGAGUCCCAGAUACCCUGCCAAGACCAGAAAUGAGCUUAUUUGACAAGCCAACUCGUGGAACAUCUAUGGAUGAAUUUAAAGAGAUGCUGCACAGUUUCCUUAAGGCUAAUCUCGGGGAACAACCAUCUUUGAGCAUCUUGGUGGACAGAGUCAUCACUCUUGCUGAUGUCAACCAGGAUCGCAAAGUGUCUCUAGCUGAAGCCAAGUCUAUUUGGGCUUUGCUCCACAUCAACGAGUUCCUUCUGAUGGUGGCGCUACAGGAGAAAGAGCACACCCCCAAACUGCUAGGCUUUUGUGGAGACUUGUACGUUACAGAACGCGUGAUCCACAGCUCUCUUUACAGGCUGGAGGUGCCACACUACCUCAAGGCGGUCAUCCCGGAGGCCCUUAGCUCUAGUCUGAACCACUGGCUGGCACCAUCCUGGCCCCGCAGGGCUCGCAUCACCAUCGGCCUGCUGGAGUUUGUGGAAGAGGUAUUCCACGGAUCCUACGGGAGUUUCCUAAUCUGCGACGCCAGCCCUCACCAUGUAGGUUACAAUGCUAAGUACGACUGCAAGAUGGCCAACCUGCACAGCGUAGCAUCAGAGGCCAUGGUGCGGGCUUUUCUAAAGGGUCGGCGAUGCGAGAACAAUGCGGACUGCAUUUAUGGGCGAGAUUGCACGGCUACGUGUGAUCGAUUGGUGAAGCAGUGCAACACUGAGGUUGUGCAGCCUAAUCUUGCGAAAGUGUGCAUGCUGUUGCAGGAUUACCUGCUGUUCGGAGCCCCGUCAGACCUACGAGGUGAUCUUGAGAAGCAGCUACGCACCUGUGUGACACUCAGUGGGUUAGCAAGCCAGAUGGAAGUUCACCACUCACUGGUUCUUAACAAUCUAAAGACAUUACUGUGGAAGAAAAUUUCUAACACACAGUACUCCUGAAAACAGAUUUAACCAAUUAGCUUUUCUGUCUUAUGAAUGAACCAUGAAAUAAAAUCAGCAGUGUUUUGCUCCUAAAGUUUUGCCAAAUGGUGUAGAUGGUUUAAUCAUUUAUGUGAUUAUCAUACCACACUGGCUGGAUAUGCAGUGUUGUGAAAAAGUAUUUGCCCUCCUACAAGUUUGUUGUUUUUACUUGUUUUGUUACGCUUUAUAUCAAGCAAAGAUAGGCUUAGUAAAUACAAAAAUAGUUCUUAAACAAGGAUUUAAUUGGAAAAAAAUUCUAUCCAACCCAACCUAACUCUUGUAAAAGUAAGUUUUUUGUUACUACAUGAACUAACUGUGAGAAACCACAUUUUGGUUCUGUUUUUUAUUUAUUUUCCACACCAAGGCCUGAUCACAUCUGUACAUGAAAAAAAAAAAACAGCAGACAGCGUGAAGUAGGCUAAAAGAUCUUGAAAACACAACACGUCAUGUCCCGUUUUUAAAGAAAUUCAAAAACAGAUAGUCAUUGGCAUCUAUCAAUCUGGAAAAUGUUACAGAGCCAUUUAGAACAGGGCAAUGAUCCAGAACAAACCAGUCCACCUCUAAUUGUUUAACAACAAACAAAGGCUUUAAAGUGGCUUAGUCGAUGUCGGGACCUUAAACAGGCUGUUUGUGCUUAAGAACCUACCAAUGUGACUGAAUUUAAACAAUUUAGCAAAGAAAAAUGAGCCAAAAUCAUACAUCCAUGCAAAAGGCUCUUUGCGAGUUAUCUCAGACAGUUGAUGGCACUGUUUGCCACCAGGGGUGGCACAACCAGUAACUAGGUUUGGGAGGUAAUUAUUUUUUACAGCACUGUCACUAAAAACUGAACUGAAAUUUAUAAUGUGAACCAAGAGAAUCAGCAAGCCCAAAUACCUUAUGAAUGACCCUAAGAUGUUUGUUUUUCAAGUCAUUAGUUUGUGACCUCUAUCUUUUUGCACAUAUUCUCAGGACACUGCCUGUAACUCCAUCUGUUAAAUUCUAUAUGUAAAUUAGUUUUAGUAAAAUAAAGCAACUUGGAUUUAUUUUUGUUGUUUUUGUUUGUGCAUUGACAAAGCUGUUGUUUAUUUUUUGUAAAUUAAAUUGAUCUCAACAGAUCCCAGAUGUACAGCUGUCAGAAAAGACAAGUGAAAUAAUUCGCAAAUAAACUGAGGUUUGACUUAAGAAACUGAUUUCCAGUACAUCAUGAUGAAAAUAUAUUCUUCUGUGGGAAUUAUUACAUUUGAAAACUAAUUCAAUGAUUUAUUAAUAUGCAGAUAUGCCGACUUACUAUAUCCUUUCAUAAAAAGGCAAACAGUAGAAUCGCACAACUCAGUGACGUAUUCGGUGUCCCUUCCUCUUGGCGUUAUGCUGUGUGUUUAUUUCAAACAUCAUAAGUGCAUCUAAAUUAGAAUGUUGUAGAAAAUAAUUUUAUUUUACUUACUCAAAAGAUGAAACAUAGAUUUAUUACACACAGAGGAGUAUAUAUUUCAAUCAUUUAUCUCUGGUAAUUUUGAUUAUUAUGACUUCCAGCAUGUAUAAACACAUUUAGCUUCUUAAAAAUAUAUAAUAAGAUACAUUUUUUAGAGGAUUUUAAAUACAGAUAUGAAAUAAAACGUAAGUCUAUAUAUUAACUCAUGUUCUUUUUUAUGAGGUUUAGGUCAGGCUGAUUUGCUAGUUGAUCAAGUGCAGUGAAAGCAUGGUCAUUUAAGGUUUUGGCUCUUUGGGCAGUGUGGGCAGGUGUCAAGUCUUCUGUCAGCAGAGGAAGACACAAACUGCUGGUAGAAUGUUCUGGUGGGCAACCUUGCUGACUUUGGACUUGAUAAAACAGAGUGGACCAACACCAGCGGAUGAUGCCUUUUCACUCUACCUGCACACCGUGGGACCUUGAUUUCUGAAUGAAAUCUAAAAUUCACUCUCAUCUGAAAAGAUUAUUUUGGACCUCCGAGCAACAUCCCAGUCCAUUUUCACCUUACCCCAGGUUAGACACUCCUGGUUCAGGGGCUUAAGUCAUGAAAGGCAACAUUUGUAGCAUGUCUCCUGGAUAUGCCUGUGUGUGGUGGCCCUAAAAACUUCAAACUCCAACCCAAAAUCCAUGGCCUGUGAAUCUCCCCAAGCAAACCCGGCUGGACCUACAGUAAAGGCCAUAAUGUCAAAAUUGUGUAUUAAAACUCAUUUUUAAUUGGUCUCAUGUAAUCUUUACAUUUUCUGAGAAGCUAAAUGUUUUCAUGAGCUUUAAGCCAUAAUCGUCAAAAUUACCAGAACAAAAUGCUAAAAUAAAUAACUCUGUGUGUAAUGAGUUUAUGAGUUUCACUUCCUCAACUGAAUUAUUAAAAUAAAAUACCAUUUUGAGAUGUACCUGUAUUAAUUGUAUGGAUACAUUGUAUAGCAGUUGGAUGUUUUUGCAAGAAAGAAAUUGUGACAUCAAAGAUGAAAUUAAAUGUUUUAUAAAGAAAAAAUGUAAGUUUAUCCAUCGUAACCUUUGAAAAAACGUGCAGUGUGAGGCUGAUUAAUAACCCAGCGAACCACCAGUAACUUGCAACAAUAAAAUACACCAUCAGAGGUCACCAUGUAUGACAAGACAACAAUAUACAGUAGGAGAAUGCACAGCACCUUUUUAUACACCUAUUUUUUUCAGUAACUCAGGAGAUGUCCCAGGUUUUAAAAUUUGCCAAACGUUAGACAUUAGACCCUAGAGGACUGAGAUUUGAAUAAAGACUUUGGUGGCAGCAGUGAAAACUCAAUGUGUUCAAUGUCAUUGUUUAGACAAAAAAUACAAGAUAGGCAGAUUUAAAAUGAGUGCAAACUAAAAUACUAAAAGAGGUAAGCAGCUGCAAGAAAAAAGAAAUACAGGCUGUUGCAAACUGUGGAGGAAACUUCCGAAUAUUUUACAGAUGCCAUUGAGCUAAUUACUAUGACCUUCAUUGCUUUUUGAUUUAUUUCCAAACUAGGAAAAUUACAGUUUCAAAUAUUCAAAUGAAAAAUGUUGAUUUUGAAAAUAAAAGGUUAUUGAUAUACAAAUGUGACCUUCAGAGAAAAAUAAACAAGACAAAAUAUUGUUUUUUCAAUGUC